AGUGCAAGUUAUUGAGACAUUAAAGUAUUAUUAAUAUGUUUUUGUGUUUCCUUUUGUUGCUUCCAUUUGGUUGUUCCAAUACAAAGAAACAAAUGUACUGAGAAAACAAAUGUACUGGAAAUAUACUACUAUUUUUUUGUUCUGAAUAUGCUUGAUUUGAAGUACAGUCUCUAAAGAUUUCACAGUCUUUAAUCUUUUCGCUUGUGUGUUUUUGCAUUUGAUUGAGUUCUGGCUAUGAAAUCAGUCUCAGGUUUUGCACAGCAUGAGGAUUCAUCUCCAGGACCGAGUUUGGAUGGAAGUUUCAGGAAGUCUAGCUCUGUUAUCUCUACCCAUAGUGUCUCUAGCAUCUCCACUUCAAGCAAGUUUGUUCCAACUUCUAGAAGAGUGCGCAAGGCACUAAGAGAUUAUACAAGGAAACUUGCUGAUUUUGACUUAUUUAAGCAAAGCAUCGAGGAUUGGGUUAUGGGAAAAUUGCAUGCAGAUUCAACCAAUGAGGAGCAGCCUUUCAGGUCUCCUUUCUCAAUAGAUGAACUGCGGAGGCUUGAUUUAGCUUUGGAGGGGGUCCUAUUUCAGCAAUUAUGUCGUAUGCCAUGCUCACCUUAUGCUUCAAAUGAUACGAAAGAAGACGAGUAUUUUGCCAUAGAAGAUUUUCUUCAUACUGUUGUGGAGGGUCUAUGGCGUACAUUUUGGCAUAAAAGUGGGCCACUGCCUUUCUUUCUAUCUUGUCCAUGUCGUCCUGGAUCAAAGUUUUAUACUGUAGAUAAUGCAAUAUCAAGGGGAAAACUUGAAGAGCUUCGCGGUUUAGCUUUAAUAACAAAAACCGGAAGUGAUCCGCAGGUCCAUUGGGGACAAGUUAUGGAGCUUACCUUAUUUAGACCAGAUAUAUUAUCGGAUAACGAACUUACAAUAUCUGCCAGUUGCAUAUGUGAAGCCCUCUAUUAUGGCAUUCAUAUACUUAUUGCUAGGAGUUUGAGCAAGCUUGAUACAGUCAGCAAUGAUUCUGUAUUCCUUUUGGUUUUUGAUUCAAAAUUUGGCGGUGUGGUAAAGAUUGGUGGGGAUCUUAGUAGACUUCAGCUGAAGUCAUCUGAUCCAUACCAAUCUGUGACUGAAUGGAUCAAAUUUCAUGCGGAAGUUGGAAUUUCAUCUGUUGAUCGGGUGUGGAAUAAGCUAGGUAAUGCAAACUGGGGGGACCUAGGAACUCUACAAGUUCUUUUGGCAACUUUCUAUUCCAUUGUCCAUUGGAGUGGACCGCCAAGGAAAUCAAUAUCCUCAUUGGCUUCAGAUCAUAGCCUUCGUGUUCAAAGGCAUAGGUUAAAGUUCUGCCUUGGUGAAAAUGAAAAUGGUUUGGUUCCUUUUCAGCCGGCGUUAGACCAAGGAGAAAUUGUACAACUGGACCAAAUUGAUGAUCCUUGUAGAAAGCAAACAGCAAGUUUGAUGCUUAGGCAGGGUGAAACAUUAAUAUUGGAUGACCUGCAGCAGGGGCAUAGGAGUUUCCAGAUUCAAGAUUGUUUUGUUGGAGGGAACAACUAUCUAUAUAGUGCUGUUUCGAUAGAGUGUCCAAUGGAGUUGUUGAAUUUAUAUGUGGGUGCUCACCCAUGUAGACUAGAGCCAUCUUGGGAAGAUAUGAGCUUGUGGUACCAAGUGCAGAGGCAAACAAAAGUUCUAAACAUGUUGAAGCAGCAAGGAAUCACAAGCAAAUUUUUGCCAGAAAUAGUUGCCUCAGGUCGAAUAUUGCACUCUGGUUCAUGUUCGAAGCAGAGCCCUGGCGGACGUUGCAAUCACCCACGGUGUGGAACCCCAAUCCUUGUGACAUCUCCAGUUGGCGAUCAACUAUCGUUUGUUAUAGCACAGGAGGGGUUGUUUUCCGCGGAAGAAGCAGUUCGCUGCUGCCGAGAUUGCUUAGCUGCUCUCAGAAGUGCAGCAUUGGCUGGAGUUCAACACGGUGAUAUCUGUCCCGAGAACAUAAUACGUGUGAUUGAUCCCCGAGGACCAAGCAACAGAGUGUUAUAUGUGCCAGUUUCGUGGGGGCGGGCAGUUCUGGAAGAGAGAGAUAGUCCAGGAAUAAAUCUACGGUUCUCGUCAUCACAUGCACUUCAGAACGGGAAACUCUGUGCAUCGUCUGAUGCUGAAAGCCUUAUUUACCUCCUGUUUUUUGCUUGUGGAGGAAGUAUAAAUCAGCAAGAUUCUAUAGAAUCUGCGUUGCAAUGGAGGGAAAGAAGUUGGGCGAAGCGUUUGAUUCAGCAGCAACUUGGUGAGGUUUCAGCUCUGCUGAAGGCAUUUGCUGAUUAUAUUGAUAGUCUUUGUGGAACCCCUUAUCCGGUUGAUUACGACAUUUGGUUAAAAAGGCUAAAUGGGGCUGUGGAUGGCUUAGCAGAUAGAGGUAAAACCGUUGAAGAACUAAGCAUCAAAGAUAUUGCAGAGUGUUCAGGAACUUCCUAUUAAUUAUUUUGACCAGGAUAGGGUUUCCUUUUUUUGUGUCAAAAAUUUAAAAUUUAUGUUCAUUAUUCUACCCCAUAAUUAACUAGAAUGAAAUGCAAAUGUAAUUUUUUCAAAAUUCA